CAAUCCCCAUAAACCCUUCUCCUAGGGUUUAAGCUCGACGCAUUUUCUAACCUUCCAAACACCUCACAACAAAACUCCCAAUUCUCUGCAAUUCACUCUCUUCCCCAUCAAUGGCCACUCUCACCAGGUUCUUGCUAUCGAGAAACACAAUCCGAAGUCUCUGCCAAUCACUCCAACCUCGUUUUCCCACUGAUUCUCCCGCUGUUUCCCAAUUCCUCAGAAGCCUACAUUCCUUCGUUUCCCGAGAAUUCCAAUUCGAUUCCCACAAAUUCCGUCAUGAAAAUUCUAGGGCCAUGUCCUCCGCACCCAACUACGAGCCUGAAGACUCGGCUGCAUCCCUCGCCGCCGCUCUGAACCUCGAUAAUCGCGUCCCAGCUACCAUCAUCACCGGCUUUCUCGGCUCUGGAAAGACCACUCUGUUGAAUCAUAUCCUCACAGCUCAACAUGGAAAACGGAUUGCUGUCAUUGAAAAUGAGUUUGGUGAGGUGGAUAUUGAUGGUUCAUUAGUUGCUAGUCAUUCCUCUGCCAAUGAAGAAAUCAUUAUGGUUAAUAAUGGCUGUCUGUGUUGUACUGUGCAUGGUGAUCUUGUUAAAAUGCUUUUGGAGUUGGUUAAGAAGAAGCGAGACAAAUUUGAUCACAUUGUAAUAGAAACAACAGGCCUUGCAAAGCCUGCUCCUGUCAUUGAAACAUUCUGCACUGAUGAACUAGUUUCACGUUAUGUGAAACUUGAUGGAGUUGUUACUUUGGUUGACUCUAAGCAUGUCAUGCAACGUUUGAAUGAGGUGAAACCAAGAUUUGUGGUGAAUGAGGCAGUGGAACAAAUUGCUUAUGCAGACCGUAUUAUAUUGAAUAAGAUAGAUUUGGUGACUGAGGCUGAGUUGGAGAGUUUGACUAAUCGAAUUAAGCAUAUCAAUGGGAUGGCACAAAUAAAGCUUGCUAAAUAUGGUGUUGUUGACAUGGACUUUGUUUUGGGAGUGGGUGGUUAUGAUCUUGAAAGAAUUGAUUCAGAAGUCCAGUUAGACAGUUCUCCUUGUGCUACACAUCAACAUGACAGUGGGCAUGAACACCACAAAGGACAUCAUCAUGACCAUAAACAUGAUUCUGCUGUUUCCAGUGUCAGUAUUGUUUCCGAGGAUACACUUGAUCUUGACGAGGUUGAUGAUUGGCUUGAACGAAUAAUUGAAGAAAAGGGGGACGACUUGUACAGGAUGAAGGGGGUUUUAUCUGUGAACGGUUCUGAUGAGCGUUAUGUUUUUCAGGGAGUGCAGUCCAUGUUGGAUGGUUGCCCCGGCAAAGCUUGGGGACCUGAUGAGAAGAGGAUAAAUAAACUUGUAUUUAUAGGUCGGAACUUGGACGAAACUGCACUCAGAAAAGGUUUCAAGGGUUGUGUAGUGUGAGUACAAGUUGGAAUGUGACAUAUGAGUAAACAAUGAAUGAACUUCACAAAUUAAGCCACCAUGCUAUGACACUUCUAGUCAUCAUCAUUGAUGCAUUUGUCUGUUUCAUCCACUGGUCUGGUUUGGUGAUGAACAGAGUUAGCCGACGUCUUAGUCAUGUAUGCACAUCAAACUGUACAUGUUCGGUUCAAGAGAAGUAUGGAUCCUCUCUCUCUCUCUCUCACUCUCUCUCUCUCUCUCUCUCUCUCUAUAUAUAUAUAUAUGUAAAAUUGUUGAGAUUGAGCAUAAAGGGAAACCAUGAGCUUUAUGGAAGCUCCACUCAUUCUUGUGUUAUUUUUUAUCCAAAUUGUAUAUGGUUCUUGUCCUUUUCAUCUACUUGAUAUCUUGUUGAGAUCAAAUUGAAAGA